AUGGCGAUGACCGCAGCACCAACAAUCCCCCAGACGGAGCUGGUCUCCCCCACUCUCAAGCCUCAAGAGCUCUCCUUCCCACUACCUAAAGCUCUCCACACGACUGGCCAUGUCCAUUUGACCUUCUUGGGUCACUGUAUCAUGGUCCAUCUUGCUACAUCGACACCAGGUGACUCGGCGGGGUCUGUGAAGCCGAUGGGUAGCUUUGUGUAUGCAAUGCCUUAUCGAACUUCAUCAAAUGCGACAAUCUCGACAACACUCUACACAACGCCAUCCAGCAUCGAAUAUACAACACGGGUGGCUAAGAUCCUUGCCCGACGCGUGCGACAACCUGUCUAUGUUGGGUGCAGCAUUGAUCCCAACGGACUCGGGCAGACGGUGGAGGAAGAAAUGGAAGGCCUAACGCUUAUUGUGAAUCUUAUCGUCGAGAAAUAUGAAGCGCAAAAGAAUAAAUGA